CGUAACCUCAAUUUUACAUUGUCAGUCGAACACGAAAAGUGAUCAACAACAACGUCUAUUUCAUCCGACAAAAUACUAAAUUUAUAAGCGGAUGAGUGUUAUUAUUCAUAAAAUCACCUUAAAAUGAUGACGGCUCAAAGACUUCUUUUGCCAUUAAUUCCAAGAUCAUUCAAACAUUAUUGUACUACGGCACCUGGCCCACCCCGAAAAAUGAGUGCACUUGUAUGGAUGGAUCUUGAGAUGACUGGACUGGACUACAAACAUGAUCGCAUUAUGGAAAUAGCCUGCCUCAUAACAGACAAUUCGAUGAACAUUAUUGCGGAAGGGCCACAUCUUAUCAUUAAUCAACCACAAAGCUUAUUGGAUGGCAUGAAUGAAUGGUGCACGACAACACAUACACAAACUGGUCUGCUCGAGCUAUGCAAAACGUCGAAAAUAACGGAAGAGGCAGCCGAAAAGGAACUGAUGUCGUUUCUGCGACAGCAUGUGAAAGAGAAGGCAAGUCCUUUGGCUGGCAAUUCCGUUUACAUGGAUCGAUUGUUCCUGAAGGAGUAUAUGCCAAAAAUUGACGAUUAUUUACAUUACCGUAUCAUUGAUGUUUCAACGUGCAAAGAAUUGUGCAAACGAUGGAACGGUUCCAUUUUUGCGAAAGCUCCUGAGAAGAAAUUGGUUCAUCGCGGGAUGGAUGAUAUUAAAGAAAGCAUCGAAGAGUUGAAAUAUUACAAACGAUUUAUGUUUACAAAGAAUUAACUUCAUUCCGGUCACAAUAAAGUUCAUUUUGUAAA